AUGUCUGAGCAAUUGCAAGAAGAAAAACCUGUUCGUCAGGAAGAGGUUGAAGCUAAGGGGGAGGGUGAUAAAAAGGAAGAGUUACCCGCAAAGGAAAGCAAGCCCGAAGAACCUGCAAAGCGGAAGAAUGAGGAUGAGUCUCAGGAGAAAAAGAAGAAGAGAAAACACUCUAGGCGCAAAUAUGACGAGGUUCCGCCUGCAGAUGAUAAAGACUCCGACGAGGAGGAGGAAGAAGUUGACGAUGACAAUCUUGUUGUUGAAGAAGAAGAGGAAGAUGACCUGCAAGAGAUUGACACUGCCAACAUCAUCACAACUGGAAGAAGAACUCGUGGCAGGGUUGUCGACUACAGCAAAGUCAGCGAGCAAUUGAGCAAAGAGGAGAACACUUCCCUCAAUGACGAUGAUGGUGAGGAAGACGGAGAUUUUAAAGAGCCUGAGGCAAAAGAUCAAUGA